AUGCUGCAUUUUACACAUUUUAUCAUCCUUUCAUCUUUGGUCUUGAUGGGAAAUGCCCAAGACCUGGAUCAGACUAUCGUCGGCUGCGAGGCGGUCUCAUGUCCUAUGGACAACUUUGACCCUCACUGUACCGUCACCAACAUAACAUUUGAGAACAUCGGCUUGACCCGUAUCCCUGAUAUCUCAGAGUCUCUGGACUACUUCUCUAUCGUCAAGGGUGUCAACAUUUCUGGCCAUGGUGCCGACGAUUUCACCUCAGUCUACUAUCUCGGCACACCGGAGGACGUGUCACUAGAUGAGGUGCACGGCUGUGCCGUCAUCUUUCAUGACCCUCCCCAAGACACAUUUGACGAAUUUGGCUCACAUGCUUGCGCCGAAGUCAUGGGUCAGAGGUGUGUCGAUGCCAUCCAGGAUCGUGCAUCCAAGGUUGCCGAAGGCAAGUCGAGGGAUCUUUGCAAGGCCCUCCAAGAGGACCUCUUAAAGAACGACAUUGAUGCGUGCGACAACCUCACUGGAGGCGGCAAGAGUAUUGGUCGAAUCUCUGCUAAGGAUCUCUCUAAGCUUGAAAACAUCGGGGGCUCUCGCAAUUCGACAAGCGACUGUUGGCCAAUCCUGCCCAAGUCGGCCAAUCUGGCAGAAAUGUUCACCGAGUUCGGAGGUCUCAACGCCUCAACUGCCUAUCCUGAGCUGAAUAGGAUCACCCCGCUGCUGACUCUGUUUGUCAAGGGCCAGGGCAAGGACAGCAUCGUGAACGAGACUGUCUCACGUCUGACCUGCAUCAAGAUCAACAGCACUCAGACUCUGGGCCCGGAGGUGGGUGUAAACGCUGCAUCUUUGUCUAGGGCUAGCGCGUUGGCUGCUGGUGGUGCAUUUGCUUUGUUCAUGUUGAUGCUGUAG